AAAUCGUCAGAUGAAUGUGAGAGUUAGACUUGAUUUGCACCUAGGCAUUUAGGACAACUAUUUAAUCCAUCAAGGUGCCUAGUCCUUCGAGUUGUCCCCGAUUUUAGAGUCAUAGAGCACAGCAAGAGCUGGAUCGGAAGCCUGACUCCCAAGAUGCUCUCGAGUCCGGUCAACCUUCCCAAGUGGCUGGAAGAGAAUUCCCAUCUCCUAAAGCCCCCAAUCAACAACUAUUGUGUCUACAAUGAAGACUUUACAGUCAUGAUCGUGGGAGGGCCAAACGCCCGUACAGACUACCACAUCAACCAGACUCCCGAGUGGUUCUACCAGUACAAGGGGGCCAUGAUGCUGAAAGUUGUCGAUGAGGGCAACUUCAGAGACAUCAUCAUUGGGGAAGGCGAGAUGUUCCUGCUCCCCGGAAACACGCCACACAAUCCAGUGCGCUUUGCAGACACCGUCGGCAUUGUCCUCGAGCAGAGACGCCCGGAAGCCUCGGUAGACAGGAUGAGAUGGUACUGCCAAAAUUGCAAAGAGGUCGUCCACGAGGCUGCCUUCCACUGCACCGACCUUGGCACGCAAAUCAAGGCAGCAGUUGAAGACUUCAAAUCCGACGAGGAGAAACGAACAUGUAAAAACUGUGGCGAGUUGGCUGACUGGUGUCCAAAGCCGGGAUCCAUUCAGGACCCCAACAAGCAGUAAUUCUAGCUCAAAGCAAGAGCUGGUGUAUCUUGUCUAUAUAUCUACAGCUAUGUACUUUCUAUGCAACAUACAAUUGAGUUGGCGGCCAGCAUCUCAGCCCGAC